AUGGAGCGGGGGUCCACCCUCCUCAAGAACCAACCUUACGACGAGAGUCUGGAGGUCAAUGACCCCGAGGACGUCACUUCCGUCUACAGCCCCGCGCCCAGCGGACACACACAGGUGAAGCUGUCACACACACACACACACACACACACACAGACUCACACACACACACACACACACACACACCUGUCACACACAGACUCACACACACACACACACACACAGGUGAGGUGUGUUUCUCGAGGUUACGGCGUCGACUCUCGCCUCCUCUGACAUCACUGACUCUGUCUUCCAGUCAGAGUCCAGGAGGAGCAGGAGGGGGCGUGGCCUAAUGUCCGCCAACAGCAACGCCGACCAGUCAGAGGACGACCACAAACCUCUGAAGGGCGGCGAGGCGGCGGGGAGGGAGCCCAGGGUCAGUCCGCAGCAGGAGGAGGAGGAGGAGGAGGAGGAAGAGGAGGAGUCUGAUGAAGAGGAGGACGACUCCGAGGAUGACGAAGAUGACGAUGACGACGCCAGCGGGGCUCCAGAGGGGGCGUACGACCCCGCAGACUACGCCAACCUGCCCGUCAGCAGCGACAUCAAGGAGCUGUUCAAGUACAUCACACGGUGAGACGGCGUCCAUGCCGACCUUCACCUUCUCUACGCCGACCUGACAGGUAACACGGUCUGUUCUUAACCCCGCCCCCACAGGUACACCCCCCAGACCGUGGAGCUGGAGCACAGCCUGAAGCCGUUCAUCCCAGACUUCAUCCCCGCCGUGGGAGACAUCGACGCCUUCCUGAAGGUACUGACCUCACUUCCUGUUUGUGUGUGUGUCUGAAAAAUGGCGGUGAUCACCUGUGAGGUCAUUUCCUGUGACGUGUUCAGGUUCCGAGGCCGGACGGUAAAGAGGACAGUCUGGGUCUGCUGGUUCUGGACGAGCCCAGCGUGAAGCAGUCGGAGCCCACGGUUCUGUCGCUGUGGCUGUCCGAGGAGAGCAAGCAGCACGGGGCGCCGGAGGUCAGUACCGCCGCCGCCGCCGCCGCCGUCUAAACGCAGCAUCACAGCGCGUCUGUACGGUUUCUGAUCUCCCCCCUCCUCUCCCGCAGAUGAAGAAGGUGACCAGCGUGGCGAGCCCUCAGUCCAACCCUCGGCUGGUGGACGGUUGGGUGGACAGCAUCAGCGCCCUGCACCGCUCCAAACCGCCGGCCAGCGUUCAGUACGGCCGAGCGAUGCCCGACAUCGACAGCCUGAUGCAGGAGUGGCCGGCCGAGCUGGAGGAGCUGCUGGGCCGCCUGACGCUCCCCCCCGCCCGCCUCCAGUGCGGCGCCGCCCAGUACGCCGACAUCAUCUGCGGCCUGCUGGACAUCCCCGUCCACGGCUCCAGGAUCCAGUCUCUGCACCUGCUCUUCAGUCUGUACCUGGAGUUCAGGGACUCGCAGCACUUCACACGCAGGACCUGA